GUGAGGUUCCACGGUUACUCAUUUCUCAAUGAACCAUGGAUCGUCGACUAUUAUUUCUCGUUUUAUUCGCGUUUACAAUGAUAAAGUGCGAAGAUAACAUCGAAAAUGCAACCGAUGCAAAUAGCAAGAAAGUGAUUCUAGAGACCAAAGACGAUGAAGCAAUUGACACAAAUGCAACUGAAUCACCUGAAUCUAAAUCUCCGCGCAUAUGCCAAGUAUGCAAUUGCACGAAAGCGGGUGAGAUUCUAAACUGCGAUGACAGGAAUAUGACAGCCAUUUUCACCAGAUGGCAAUGGAAUGCUAAAGUUAGCAAAGUGGCAUCGUUUAAGGGAAACUUGAUAGAACACAUCACACCUUUUCCAAUUAGUACGAUUAACAGAUUAAUUCUGCAAGGGAACAAAAUCACAAAAAUCGACGACGCCGCCUUCAAGCAGAUAAUUAAUCUCACCGAAUUAGAUUUGAGUCAUAAUGAGCUUACUAGCGAGAGCCUGAAUCCGAAAGCGUUUGAGGGUAAAUUUUCACUAGAGGCUUACGAACCACUAGAGAACCUGACAAUCUUAACGGUGGCUUACAACAAGAUCCAUUCGUUCCAUCAGGACCUCUUCGAGCAUAUGUCGAACUUGAGAGUACUAAAUAUGUCUCACAACUUGUUCGCGCAAAUCGACUAUAGGACUAGUUUAGCAAUCAGCUCCAUUCGACAAUUAGAGGAAUUGGACUUGAGCUACUGUGAUUUGAAACAAAUACCAGAGACUCUAUUUCAUACCACCAGGUACCUGAAAAAAUUAAAUUUGAGUGGUAAUCGGAUCAUGAUCCCGCCAGUCGCACUUGGCGAUGCUAUCGCGUUGGAGUACCUAUACAUGGACGAAAAUCCAAUUAAAAUUAUCAACAAUUCACACCCUUUUCCUAAUAUGACGAAGCUGAAGGAAUUGAGCUUCUGCUGCAUGCCUCAUUUGACAGCGAUCGGAUCUGGCAGCUUUUUAGGUUUGGAUUCGCUGGAGACUCUCCGAAUACAAAAUUGCCCCAACUUACAAGUAAUCCACGAAUCCGCUCUGAAUUACCAGACGGAGUCUAAUGAGCCCAUGUGGCCGCCACUAAAGGAACUCGUUUUAUCGGAUAACGCCCUGCAAUAUUUGCCUCAGUACCUCCUCCUAAGGUGGGACCUCCUUGAAAAAUUGGAUCUGACGAACAACAAAUGGAGCUGCGAUUGCAAUAAUCAAUAUCUGGCCGCCACGUACGGUUGUGCAGGUUUUGCACCGCACACGCCACAGUGGGCGAAAUCCGGAUAA